AUGGCCAAAUCUAAAUGGGGUGACAUUUGGUUGGUAGGACCGACUUUAGUAGUGUGGCAUAUUUGGAAGGAGAUAAAAAGGAGAAUAUUUAAGGAAGUAGAACUCUCUACCGAGCAGCUUAUUUCAAAAAUUAAGGUUUCCAGAGAGGAAGUUGUAAAUGGUAAGAGUGUCAUGAGAAAGAAUUACAGAUAUAACAAUUGGGAUAGGAGCAUGGAGAUAAAGUGGUCUUUGAAAGAUAUAGGGCCCGUUGUACCUUCUAAGAGACAAGUAGAUAUGAGUCUGAUUAAAUGGACUGUGCCACCAAAGGAUUGGGUGAAGCUCAAUUUUGAUGGGGCCAGUAAAGGUAAUCCAGGCAGGGUUGGCUUCGAGGCUAUACUAAGAGAUGAGAAUGGUAGAAUGAUUAGUGGAGUGUAUGACUCAGAAGAGGAGACAGAAGCGGAAGGGGAUCAGACUGAAGAUGAGGAGGACCUCGAUGCACAGGAUAUGAUGGACAGCGAGGAGGAGAGAGAGGAAAGGGAUCAGAGGGAUGAGAAGCAGAGGAAGAGGAAUUUUGUUAAGGAAUCCUGGUCGAUUUUUCAGAGAUGGGGUUUCGAAUGGUGA